GGAACGGCCCCAGCUCAUCUUAGACGCCGGCACACAACAUAUCACAAGCCGGGCGAACGACAGAGGCCGGGCCCGGACUACACACAGGAGAGCACCUGACCACCCGCGGCCACUACACGCAGCAUGGCACCACAGAAAAGCGCAGCCCCGAGACACCAGGCAGAUGAAGCCCCCGGACGUGAGUUCACCCCCGGCACGGCCCCCCCCUCGGCCGGCGGGGGUUAUACCACCGCAUGGCGGCGACCCUUGCCACGGCGGGAGCUCCCGCGUGGAGU